UCCCUGUCCUUCUUGCUUCCUGCCCCAGGCCCUGAGCUGAGGACGGAGAGCCCGGAGGACAAAUCCCCCCGGCAGAGCCUGGUGGGAGAGGCCGUUUUGAAGGGCUCCCCGGCGCAGGAAGGCAGCGGGGAGGAAAAGGGCCGGAGAUCCCCCCGCAGGGGGGGCUCCAAAGCCAGCCCAGGGUGCUCCGAGGAGGAAAGAGCCAGCCUGUGCCGGGAACGCGGCUGGAGCUUGAGGCGGAGCUCUGAGCUGGUGGUCCCUGAGCAGCCUCCCAGCAGGGAGAAGCCCUUCAAAUGCUUGGAAUGUGGGAAGAGCUUCAGGCAGAGCUCCAGCCUCCUCACCCACAAGCACAUCCACACUGGGGAACAGCCUUACACGUGUGGGGAGUGUGGGAAGAGCUUUGCCCAGAGUGGACACUUGACCAGACACCAAUGGACCCACCACCUGGAGAAGCACUUCAAGUGCUUGGAAUGUGGGAAGAGCUUCAGGCAGAGCACCCACCUUCUCAGCCACAAGCACAUCCACACUGGAGAACGGCCCUACACCUGUGGGGAAUGUGGGAAGAGCUUCAGUGACAGCUCCAACCUCCGCAGUCACCAGCGCAUCCACAGUGGGGAACGGCCCUACACAUGUGGGGAAUGUGGGAAGAGCUUCAGGGAGAGCUCCACCCUCCAUGUCCACCAGCGCAUCCACAGUGGGGAAAGGCCCUACAAGUGCUUGGAAUGUGGGAAGAGGUUUCAGACCAGCUCAUAUCUUCUGAAGCACAAGCAGACACAUACAGGGAAGUGGGCCUUUCACUGCACCGAGUGUGGGAAGGGCUUUAACCAGAACUCAAACCUUGUCAGCCACCAACGCAUCCACACUGGUGAGAGACCCUACAAGUGUGGGGAGUGUGGGAAGACCUUUACCCAGAGUUCUCACUUGACCAGACACCAAGGGACCCACCGAUAAUAGGCUGCUGCUUCCACCCUGAAUGAGCCCCGUGAUGGUGAUGCAACCCCUGGAGUUCAAGGACUGUCAGUCUAUCCACAAAGGGCCAGUCCCCUUUCACAGGGGCAGCUUCUUCCAACAGAACCCUUCUUGGGGUGUCAGUCCUGGAGCAGAGAUCUCCCCACCAGCAUUGGUCUGGGGGAGGUCCAUCCGUCUCUACUUAAGAAUUAAUGCUUUUUUGCCAGCUUCAACAAUUGGCUUCAACAAUUGCUUUAGUGUAGAGCACUGUCCUAUCUUAUCCUGUACUCCUGGUAGUUUUAGUGUGUCUAUUGUGCAAUAAAUAAUUCUGAUGAAGAUCUUUUGUCUGAU